AUGCCGACUCGAGCUACGAUUGAAAGCUUUAAACCCGUUCUCGUACGGAAGAGUAGAGUCAAGCUUCUCUUGAAGUUCCUGCUCGCCAAUAAUCCCCAUUAUCGGCGAGUUCCAGGAUUUAUGGGCUAUAGUGCAGACCGGCUCAACGCUUUGUUCGAGGGACAUAAUGAUGAAGGCGUUCCUAAAGCGGUUCACUUCGGGUUCCUUCCGUUCAAUGAAGGAAUUGACGCGGCGAUUUCGUCCUAUGUAGCUGGGUUGGACACGGCCUUUGAAGAGGAUAGUAGCGAAAUUCUCAUGGAGAAUACUGGUUACACAACAGGGGACCAUACAGCCAAAAGUUAUCGGCACAUGCAAACUGAUGCUGUAAAUAGAUGUCUUUCAGGAAAGCCCUUCCUAUCUUCGCGUUCGGGUGCUCGCCCUAUCCCAGAUUUCGGGAACCCGUAUAUGCUAUCUUGGAUGUUCCCGCAUUUGGAUCCUUGGGGGUUGGGAGGGUUCUAUCACCCACUUCGCACACGCUACGUGAGCAUGGAAGAACAACUGUCGCAUCUGCUUCAAAGGGAAGAUUCUACUUUCGAAAAAGAUCCCGAAUUUGCUUUCGUUUUCUACAACGUGUUGCGUAAGAAGAUGGUGAACACAUCCAUCCGAUUUCGAGCCCCUGUGGCAACAUAUUCACGCAUAGUCCGGGAUAUCCUGGAUAUCGAUCGCCAGGUACUCACUUCACUGAUUGAAAAGUUCAGAGUCAUGCCGUGGUACAAACCAGAAAUACCGGCUGAAAAACAGGUCCUCAGAGUGAUGGCCUCGAUCUCCCCUGUAGCCCGCCACGUUCCGGGGACAGUAGCUCAAAAGGUCAUGAUGAGAAACGAGAUAAGAGGUGUCAUCACACAACAGGGGCCCUCCUACUUUAAUUUGUUACAAUCAAUCCAUCGGACGUAG